AUGGACUGUAUAGACACCUUAGAUAGGGAAAUUGCUGCUAUUGCUGCUGGCGUUCCUUUUAAUCCUUGUACAGGAGCAGCAGGAGCAGAAGCAGCAGCAGCAGCACAAGAAGAGACUUAUAGGCCAGCAGCAGCGGCAGCUGCUGCAGCAGCAGCAGCUACAGAAGAGCGCAGCAGAGCAACUGCUGCAGCAUUACGAGAGAGUCAGGAGUUUUUGCUGCAGCUGCAGCAGCAGCAGCAGCAGCAGCAAUUAAGAAAGGAGGAUUAUGCAGAUCAGCUGCAGCUGCGUCAGUUAAUAGCAGGUGCUGCUGCUGCUGCUAUAUUAAGAGAAGCAGAAGCAGCAGCAGCAGCAGCAGCAGAAAGGGACCAGCAGCAGCAGCAGGGACAGUCCCUUAUAUCAGCAAGCAGCUAUAAUCAUUAUGUCUUAUAUAACACGAGGCCCCCCUAUAAGGCAAAGGGUACGUGGGCCCCUGAUGAGGAGUCUGCUGCUGCUGCUGCUGCUGCUGUUGCUGGUCCUGGUCCUGGUGCAGCAGCAGCAGCAGCAGCAGAGCAGCACAAAUGGUUACAAAGACUUACAGAUGCAGCACGAGGAUCCAUAGCCAAUCAGCUGCUGCUGCAGCAGCACCUGCAGCAGAUAAAAGAGAAGCAGCAGCAGAAGCAGCAAAAGCAACAACAGCAGCAGCAGGAAGAACUUCCUGAGCAUGGACCGCAGCCAAGGCCUCAGCCGCUGCAGCAGCAGCAGCAGCAACAACAACAACAGCUGCAGCAACAGCUGCAGCAACACCAGCAGCAAUGUAUAUUCCAACAAGAGCAACGGCAGCAGCAGCAGCAGCAGCAGCAGUCUUCCCUGUAUUGGACGCAGCAACUGCAACAGCGACUUUCACAGCAGCAGCAGCAGCAGCAGCAGCAUCAGGAAAGUUCUUUCCAACCUCAACUGCAGCAGCAUCAACUGCAGCAGCAUCAACUGCAGCAGCAACAGCAGCAGGAGCAGCAGCAGGAGGACGAACUAUUUAUAUUAGAGAAAAUGCUGCAGGAGUUACGAGCACAGAAUCAGCAGCAGCAAAUAAAAUUAAAUUUAUUAACACAAAUAAGAGAGGAAGCAGCACAUAAGAGGCGUGUACAGGAGCUGCAGCAGCAACUGCAGCAGCAGCAGCAGCAGCAAGAGCAGCAGCAGCAACAUCUUGCAAGACUCCAAGCAGCAACAACUUGGAAAACACGAGAGAGUGCUGCUCCUCCAAUUCGUCCUGCUGCAGCAGCAAGUGCUGCUCCCCUUAAAGCAGCAGCAGCAGCAGCAGGACCAGCAGCACCUUCUGCAGCAGCUGCAGCAGCAGCAGCAGCAGCAGCAAAGGCGGGGAUGGAGAGGGAAGAGAGAGACAUAGGAGACUAUUUUAACCUCCAUUACUUCUCGGUGCGGCAGCCGACCUCUCCAGCAGCAGCAGCAGGAGCGAUGCAGCAGCAGCAGCAGCAGCAGCAGAAGCAGAAGCAGAAGCAGCAGCAGCAGCAGCAGCAGCAGCAGCGCAUGCGCAGCAGCUCUCUUGGCUUCCCCUUUAAUUUCUCUCGUUCUUCAUUUAUUAGUCAUAGGGGAGAUUUAUUUACAAGCAGCAAAGUGCAUGCAGCACAGCAGCAGCAGCAACAGCAGCAGCAGCAGCAUAGAGCAGCAGCAAGGAGCACAAGUAAUGUGACUAUUACAAUCCCUCAGCUUCUGCAAAGCAGCAGCAGCAGCAGCAGCAGCAGCAAACGGUGCAGCAGCGCAGCAAAUGCUGCAGCAAGCUAUUCACAGUUAACUUGCUUCCACAGCGUCGUAAAGGAGGGAGAAGCGGCAACAGCAGCAGCAGCAGCCGAAGCAGCAGCAGCAGCAGCAGCAGCAGCAGCAGCAGCAACACGACGCACUGAAGAUACUUCCCUCAGUGAGUUUAGAAUCGCGACUGUUAGCGAUGCAGCAGACAAUAACGACAGCAGCAGCAGCAGCAGCAGUAGCAGCAGCAGCAGCAGCAGUAGCAGCAGCAGCAGUAGCAACUACCCAACUGGCCCUUCUGCAGUACAGAAGCCCGUGCUGCAGCAGCAGGAGCAGCCGCAGAAGGACAAGCUUCAAGAAUUGCAGCAGCAGCAGCAACAACAGCAGCAGCAGCAGAAGCAGACGCUGAUGCAGCAGCAGUUCUAUGCCCCAUUCAAGCAUACGUACCUAAGACGGCAACGCAAUCAGCAGCAGCAGCAGCAGCAGCAGCAGCGGCAGCAAAGCUUCACAAAGCUUCUUUACCUGCCGGAGCGGCAGCAGCAGCAGCAGAAGCUGGAUGCGAAUAAGCAACAGCAGAAGCAGCAGCAGCAGAAGCAGCAGCAGCAGUAUUACGUGCUGCCUAGUGUACAAUCCAUUCGGGUGUAUAGACAGCAACACUUGUCUGCUGCUCCUAGCAGCAGCAGCAGCAGCAGCAUAUCGCAGCCCUUGCUGCUGCAUCCGGAUCUGCACGCAAUGCAUGCGCAAGGCAGCAGCAGCAGCAGCAGAUGCAGCAGCCCCUGCUGCAGAGAAAGCAGUUGCUGCGGCCUGCUGCAGGCAGGUGCAUGCAAGGGCCCAACAGCAGCAGCAGCAACAGCAGCAACAGCAGCAACAUACACCCCAACAUAUGAGCUAUGGAAGCAACCUAUGAAUGGUUACCCUGUUGUGCCUUAUCCGUCACAAUUAGCAGCAGCAACAGCAGCAGCAACAGCAGCAGCAGCAGCAGCAGCAGCAGCAGGCGGUGCUGCUGCCUUUGAAGGUACACGGCCAGCAUACCGAGUAAGAAGUUGUGUAGAUAUUAGACUACCAGCAGCAGCAACAGCAGCAAAAGCAGCAGCAACAGUAACACUAACAACAACAGCAGCAACAGCAGCAGAAGCAGUAACACUAACAGCAACAGUAGCAGCAACAGCAGCAGAAGCAGAAGCAGCAGCAGAAGCAGCAGCAGGUGCAGGCGCAGGAGCAGCAUGA